AUGAAGGUGACACAGGUGCUGCCGCACCUCCUCUUCAACGCAGAUGCGGUGAUCCACGUGGUGGGGGACAUGACCCCAACUUCCGAGGAACGCUACACCGUGUCAAUAGACACUCUGAAGCAAAACUGCGUUCUGCGUCAAGUGGGCGAUGUCGUGCAAAUCUCUGAGGAGCUGACGUGCCACGAGAGCAGCCAGCUCAAGAGGUACGACCAAGUUUUGGCCGUCAACGGCCACGUGGUGACGGGCAUGGAAGACCUGCCCGAGGAGCUGCGGAGCGGCAAGCCCGGGUCGUGCUCGGCCAUUUGCCAAGCAGUAUGGCCGAGCCUUUCCGCCUUUUGGCAGCCCACUGCCUUGCUGCUGCGGUCUCCGCAUGGCUACAGGAUACGCAUCCCACCUGCGGAGCAAGGCCAUAUUUAUUUUAAUCGAUUCAUUAGCAUGGUGAAGGUCGCGCUGAUGGAGGAGGCUUCAGCACAAGAAGUGAUUUAUGCGAACGACCCACAAGUGAAGGUCGAAAUCCUGCGCGGUGGCUCCCGCCUUAGGCGCGCCACGCAUGAAGGCAUGGAUGCCUUGGCUGUGGAGCUUCAGAAUUUCACCCAUGAGCUCGAGAAGAAGACCUUCCUCCCUCUCCCCUCGGAAAUUGCUCGAUGCCACCAUAUUGGCAUGCACCAGUCGGCUGCCUUGCCGGCCCCAAACACGGACUACGACCUCGUGUCGCAUCUCAUGCAAAUCUUCAUGGAGGAGCUCGCCAUCGGCGUCUCGUUGCCACUCUGGCGGGCCGUGCGCGAAAACCGCCUGGAGGAAUGCAGGAAGCUUCUCCAAGAGCAGGCGGACCCCAAUCUCUCCGAUGGCAAGGGGGUAACGGGUUUGCACAUCGCGGCGGAAGCACGAUCCGUGGAGGUGGUGAAGCUGUUGCUGGCCAAGGGGGCGCUGAGCACCGAGAGGGACCAUCGCGGAAGAACGGCGGCCCACUGCAUCCCCCUCCGCACGGAUCACAUCACCACAGAACUGAUUGAGAUUUUCCUCACGAAUGCUGCCUCGCUGCCGCUGCGCGACAAAGCUGGAGUAUCCGUCUUCGAGCGUUUCUACUUGUGGUCUUUGAGCGCCGUGAAUGGCGAGCCCUACGAGCCUCUUUGUAGCGCCUUGCGUGGGUUGGCAGGGAAGUACCUGGCGGGGAAGCUGCCGGAGCUCUGGCUGCUGGGCUCGCAGGCCCUGGGCUCCAACUGCCCCAAGUCGCUGAGCGUCACCAGCCAGCAGCGCCGCUUGAAUAUCGCUGGCAAGAUGCGAACUGUGCAUGUGCUCAUCCCCUCGCCCUCGCAGAUCCACAGGGAGCCUUUGCUCUAUCUGGGCUUCUGUCACUUGCUGCCCUGGUCUCUUCAGGAGCCGGCCAUGAGGCUGCUCGCGGUAGAGCAGGGCUGUGAGGUCUUUUGUGUGGGCUGUGAGGCAGUGAUUCCUGACCUGCUGAGGGAGGAGGCUGACGAAGAGCACACGGGGGAGGCCUUUUACAACGACCUCUUUCAUGUGAUUGAUGCUCUUCCGCUGACUCACCAAUUUCACGUCAUAGACAGUACCUUCGGCCUCGGGCUGCCUCUGCUUUGGAAGCUGAUGGACCGACUGUCCGGCGUCCUUGCCAUCAACCCCAGCUGGAUCUUCAGCACGUCCGGCCCAGCCGCGCAGCAGCUCGACCGUGCCGAGCAGCUGACGCAAGUGGCGAGGCAGCGCGACGUGCGGCAGAUGAGCCAUAUGCUCUACGACUUCUCCAUCGCCCCCUCCCUGGCCAAAGCGUUCUUCUCGGAGCCCGGGGAUGCCGUCGGCGUGGCUGAGCUCAUGGACAACGCAAUGCAUCAGCAGUACCAGUCUGCUUUGGCCAACGCGUCUUCUUCGUUUUGGAAGAUGGGGGUCAUGCACUCCUGGACCUUGAGGAACCUCACGCAAGUGCUGAACGCGCUACCGCCGUGGCACCCACCCAGGCCGGUUUACGUGGUCCUGGCCUGCGGCAGCCACGCGCCCCUUGGGGCGGUGCAAAACGCCGCUUACAACCUGCAGGAGCUGAUGACGGGAUCCAUGCAAGUGUACCUACCUCAUUGCAGCUGGCUGUGGCACAUCGAAGGUAUCAAGCCAGUGGAGGAGGUGAAUGAAUUGCUGGGCUUUGUCCGGGAGGAUGGUACAGCGACCGCGUCCUUGACCUCCAUGCUGGUGCGGAAGCGCCGGGAUUUGGAGGCUGGGAAAGUAUCCCCGAGGAAGCAGAAGACCGUCUGCUUUUCCGCGGACCUCGAGUCGAUCGAGCCCUCCGGCAAGCUGAACCGGGUGUUUUCAGCGUAG